UGACACGUGUCGCCCCACCCCAUUGUGUCGCCCAGAUUGCACUCUGGAGUACUUGAGAGAUUUGGCUGUAGAGUAUGUACUCUUUUAGCGCUCGUUGAGUAAGUACUUAUUGAAAUUAAGUACCUACUCGUUGAGUAUACGGUUUCUAACGCAGCCAUAGGGUCGUUUUUUGUUGGAGGACAGGGUCGACUGUGACAAUGGAGACACGAAGGAUCCUCAUGAGGAGUUUGGCUGUUGCGGUGGUCAUUGUAACUGUGAUCUGCACUACAACAGCGGAAGAAAAUAUAGGGAACCCAUGCUGUACUAAAGUCUCCACAGCAGUGGUGACUGAUCCCAUCAUCGGUAUCAGGUUUCAGCGUGAAAGUCUUCCAUGUAUGAAGGCCGUCAUCUUUGAGACGGAGCGGGGAGAGUCCUGCAGUGAUCCUAAACAACGAUGGGUGCGGGAGAAAGUGAAGCAGUUUCUCAAAAAAAUCAGCUAUUAGUGACUGAGCUCCUUUGGGAGGAUCUGCACAAGCAACUGUCAGCUUAUUAUGAAUCAUGAACGUCUAAAAGUAAUGAGAACACAUCUCUAAGAAGUUACAACUUUUAAAACUAUUUUUAAAAUUUUAAAUAUGAGAAAAAUGACAUUUAGCUGUUGUAUUUGGAAAAUGUUUGUAACUUAUACAUAUUUCAAUAGAAUAUUUAAAAUAGUAUAUGUUGUCAAAUACAUGUAGUGCAAUUUGACUGACAGUUCAGAAACUGAAUUAUAGUGAAACUGUUUCAAAAGUGGUUUAAAUAAAAUAUUAGUAUAUAUUAUAUUUCUCAUUGGAUUGAAAUAUUUUUCACGCAAUGUGGUAAUGGACUUGUGUCAUUAACUCAAGUGUCAAGAAGGCUGACGCAAGUCUGAGUGAAUUACUGAUUUGUAUGAGAACAUCUGGAUUUUUUUGUUAUUUGAUGAAGCAAAUGAACAACUGCAAUCUGGAACAACAAAUAAACUGAUCAGCAUCUACUGGUUUUGCUUGUGGUUGAUGUUUCUGAACGUCUGUAAGAGGUCCUUCCUCAAACAUGAAGACAUAUUUUCUCUUUAGCAUCUUUAUUCUUUUCUUCACGGCUGGUUGCAGGUUUAUUUAUCGCUAUGUAUUGUACCUUGUACUACUGAUUAUGUAUAUUUCAUCCAUCAUCAAAUGUUAAAGUGCAUGGGUAAAUUGGUACAGUAUGAACCUGAGUGCUGACAAUGAGAGAGUCUUUUCUCUUGUGUCUUUUUUCCACAUAUUCAUGUAUGUUUGACUUCUCUGCUUAAUUUACAUCAAUACCAAAAUAUCAUCAAGCCACAUUAUAUUAAAGCCAUAAUAGUUGGACUUGGACAUUCCUUGAACUUGCAUUUUAUAACAGAUGAACUUUUUUUCCCUGUCAUAUGAAGGUAAAGUCUGUAAAAAAUAGUGUCCAGUGUAUUGUUAAUCUGAAAAAAAAAUGUUCUGUAUAUAUUUUUCUCUCUUAAAUUGUAUAUUUUACUGUAAAACUCUUGGCUCUAAAGACUUGGCUCUUUAACAAUUCAAAUAUGAAAAUUCAUUAAAAAUAUAAAUAAUA